AUGGCGAAGUCAUCAUCGUGCAGCGAGCAACUAGCAGAGUUGAAGAAAGGGCCAUGGACUCCCGAGGAAGACCAGAAGCUCAUGUCUUACAUUCAACUACACGGCCAUGGAAGCUGGUCUUCCUUUCCUGCAAGAGCUGGACUCCGAAGAUGUGGGAAGAGCUGCAGAUCACUGAGAUGGAUUAAUUAUCUAAGACCUGACAUCAAACGAGGCAACUUCAGCUCGCAGGAAGAUCAAACCAUUAUUCAACUUCAUGCUCUUGUUGGAAACAAAUGGUCGGUGAUAGCACGUCACCUGCCAAAGAGAACGGACAACGAGAUCAAGAACUACUGGAACACCAACCUUAAGAAGAGGCUCGCCGGAAUGGGUAUCGACCCCACCACACACAAGCCCAUCAACGACGCCACCAACCUCAGCCAUAUGGCUCAGUGGGAGACUGCUCGGCUCCAAGCCGAAGCCAGGCAACUCAAAGAAUAUUCUGAGCUUCAGAUCCAGAACCAGCUCGCCUCCUUCUCCUCUUCUCAGACACGGCUCAAUUCACGGUCGUCCGCCACAUCGAAUCCCUCAAAAGAGAACACCCCCAGAAUGCAUAGCAUGUACGCCAUGAUGCUCGCCACCGACGACCUGGAGUCGCCGGCGUCCACGUUGAGCUUCCCGGACACUGUCCCUGCCAACUCCAAAUGUACUGAUAGUAACACUUUCUUGGGGCUGAUCAAUCAAAGUUCACUUCCAUCCGCCACCGUCGUCGCAAAUGACAAUGGAGUCAUUCUGAAUGAAGCAUGUGGAGACAAAGUACGAAGUGUGGGGGGCGAAGACAAUAUUAUGGCAGCCUUGGAAGCAUUCAGAUCAACACGAUGCAACUAUAAUGACGAUGUGUUGGUGUACGGAUUUAAUGAGAUGGCACCACAACAAAACCUGGGAGUGGGGGAUGAUUGGGAAGCCAUUCUUAACCUCGUCAGUUCGCCCCCAUCCCCUGGAAGUAUUUGGUCUUUUGCAGAUUAG